GGGCGCAUGGACCCGCCGGCCUCUCCUUCCUCCGGAAAGCGGAAGCGGAAGUGACGCGAGGGACAGGUGGGGGCAAUCAUGGUGCCGCUGGGGAGGGGAGAAGCUGCCGCUGCCGCCGUUGCCGGGAGCCGCGGAGAAAGGCCAUUACCUUUCCAUUUCUCACAAUUGGGCUGAGCACAACUGAACCAUGGGGGAACACAGUCCAGACGACAAUAUCAUCUUCUUUAAGGGAGAGGAAGAUGACCUAACCCCGGAUGACAAGAUGCUCAGGUUUGUGGAUGACAACGGACUGGUGCCUUCCUCAUCUGGAACUGUUUAUGAUAGGACCACUGUUCUUAUAGAGCAGGACCCUGGCACUUUGGAGGAUGAAGAUGACGAUGGACAGUGUGGAGAACACUUGCCUUUUCUAGUGGAAGGUGAAGAGGGCUUCCUAAUAGAUCAGGAAGCAAUGUCCCAGGGUUAUGUACAACACAUUAUCUCACCCGAUCAGAUUCAUUUGACUAUAAACCCCGGUUCCACACCCAUGCCAAGAAACAUCGAAGGUGCAACCCUUACUCUGCAGUCGGAAUGUCCAGAAACGAAACGGAAAGAAGUCAAGCGGUACCAGUGCACCUUUGAGGGAUGCCCCCGCACCUACAGUACAGCAGGCAACCUACGCACCCACCAGAAGACUCACCGAGGAGAGUACACCUUCGUCUGUAAUCAGGAGGGCUGUGGCAAGGCCUUCCUCACCUCCUACAGCCUCAGGAUCCAUGUGCGAGUGCACACAAAGGAGAAGCCAUUUGAGUGUGAUGUGCAGGGCUGUGAGAAGGCAUUCAACACACUGUACAGGUUGAAAGCACAUCAGAGGCUUCACACAGGGAAAACGUUUAACUGUGAAUCUCAAGGCUGCAGCAAGUACUUCACCACACUCAGUGAUCUGCGGAAGCACAUUCGAACCCAUACAGGAGAAAAGCCAUUUCGAUGUGAUCAUGAUGGCUGUGGAAAAGCAUUUGCAGCAAGCCACCACCUUAAAACUCACGUCCGUACGCACACUGGCGAAAGACCCUUCUUCUGCCCCAGUAAUGGCUGUGAGAAGACAUUUAGCACUCAGUACAGUCUCAAAAGUCACAUGAAAGGUCACGAUAACAAAGGAACCGCAUACAGUGCACUUCCACAGCACAACGGGUCAGAGGAUACAAAUCACUCGCUUUAUUUGAGUGAGUUGGGCCUUCUGUCCACGGAUUCCGAAUUGCAAGAAAAUUCCAGUACUACCCAGGACCAGGACCUCAGCACAAUUUCACCAGCAAUCAUCUUUGAAUCAAUGUUCCAGAGUUCAGAUGACUCUGCAAUUCAGGAUGACCCUCUGCAGACAGCUGCCUUGAUUGAAAGUUUUAAUGGUGACGCAGAGUCUGUCAAUGAUGUUCCACCACCUGCAGGAAAUUCAGCAUCUUUAUCCCUUCCACUUGUACUGCAGCCUGGCAUCUCUGAGCCACCCCAGCCUUUGCUACCAGCCUCAGCUCCGUCCGCUCCUCCACCUGCUCCCGCCCUAGGACCUGGUUCCCAGCCAGCUGCAUUUGGCGGCCCCCCUGCUCUCUUACAACCUCCAGAAGUGCCUGUUCCCCACAGCACACAGUUUGCUGCUAAUCAUCAAGAGUUUCUUCCGCACCCCCAGGUGCCACCCCAGUCCAUCGUACCAGGACUUUCUGUUGUUGCUGGGGCUCCUGCAUCAGCAGCAACAGCAGUGGCAUCAGCCGUGGCAGCACCAGCCCCACCACAAAGUACUACUGAGCCCCUGCCUGCUAUGGUCCAGACUCUGCCCCUGGGUGCCAACUCUGUCCUAACUAGUAAUCCCACCAUAACCAUCACCCCAACUCCCAACACGGCAAUCCUGCAGUCCAGCCUGGUCAUGGGAGAGCAGAACUUACAGUGGAUACUGAACGGUGCCACCGGUUCGCCACAGAACCAAGAACAGAUUCAGCAAGCAUCGAAAGUCGAGCAGGUGUAUUUUACCACUGCAGUACCAGUAGCCAGUAGCACAGGGAGCUCUGUCCAGCAGAUUGGCCUCAGUGUUCCUGUGAUCAUCAUCAAACAAGAGGAGGCCUGUCAGUGUCAGUGUGCGUGCCGGGACUCUGCGAAGGAGCGGGCAGCCAGCCGGAAAAAGGGCUGUUCUUCCCCACCCCCUCCAGAGCUGAACCCCCAGCCUCCUGAUGGGCCCAACCUGCAGUUGCCACCCUAGACUUCUCCCUCACCCCGCCCCCUCCUCCUCCACUGGACCCUCUUCCUGUGAGCAAAGCAGACAGGCUGAGGCUCCUCAGACCCUCUGAAAUGUUAAGUGCCAUGGAUGUGUCAGAGUUCCUGUCCCUCCAGAGCCUGAACACCCCAUCCAAUCCGGUUCACGUGAAGCACUACUGCAGGGUAGAGGAGAUGGGCCUGGCCAGCAGCUUCUUGAGGGAAGGGCCUGUGUGCAUGCCCCACAGGAACAGGGUGAGCAGGAAGUGUCGGGUGAUGCUGCCAUCAUGGGGUGAGAAAUUGGAAGGAUGAAGAGAUCUGCCAUCUGAAAGCCUCACCUUUCAGACAUAUUUUCUUUACUCAUAUCCCAGGAACAUCCAUUUUAAGGAACUGAUCUUUGGAGGAAAAAAAAAGAAAAAGAAAAAAAAAGCUAAGUUAUAAGUGAACUGUCUGGCUGCACUGUAUGUCACUUUUGCUUAUUGUUAUGUGAACUUGGAAAUUAAGGUUACUGGUAUGCAUAAAAGUUCUAAAUGAAA